AUGUGGGUAUCAGAAUAUAUGGCUGACUGCGACGGGAUGUGGACAGCCUGGCUGACUGUGAUGGAACAUGGACAGGAAGCACUUCUUGCAGGCUUACUGCGAUACGAUAUGGAUAGGAGGACUGACCGCGACGGGAUGGGGAUAGCGUGGCUAAGUAUGAUGGGAUAUGGACAGGAAGCAAAUAUAGGGCUGACUGAUGGGGAUAGGGAUAAUGCAGCUAUCUGCGCACCAGCAGGGUUUACGAAGAAGCUUGAAAGUGUGCAUUUCACUACGUGA